AUGGCUUCUUCAGUCUUCUUCAAGUUCAAGUCGCAAAAGGAGCCUACGAGGGUGGAGUUCGAUGGCACUGGAAUCUCGGUAUUCGAACUCAAGCGCGAAAUCAUCAUCAAGAGUGGUCUGGGUGACGGCACGGACUUUGACCUCUUGAUCUACACAGAUGAUAACAGCGAAGUCUAUGAUGAUGAUACGACAAUUAUUCCCCGAUCGACCACAGUCAUUGCCCGACGCCAGCCAGCGGCAAAGCCCGGUGCAGGUAGAGCGGCUCGAUAUGUCACUGGCAAGAUGCCCAUCGCGGCCAAGAAUGCUGGGCGGAAAGAGCAGACUGUCAAAGUCUCGACAUCCAAGACGUCGGGUACUGCCAUCAACCAGAUGAACAAUGCCAUGACAGAGGAGGAAAAAAUGGCUGCCAUGUUUGCUGCUCAGACGGAACAAUGGUCAGCUCAGCAGGAAGAGCUCUCUCACCAAGCUCCUGUAUUCAAACCUGGUGCCAAGCGACCGGUCAAUGUGCCUGACCACGAGCCGCCAAACGGAUACAUUUGCUAUCGUUGCGGCAACAAAGGCCACUGGAUCCAAAGCUGUCCCACAAAUGAUGACCCCGAAUUUGAUAACAGACCCCGAGUGAAGCGCACCACGGGUAUUCCGCGCUCGUUUCUGCAAAAAGUUGACAAGUCUGACAUUCUGGCUCAGUCAGAGGGCGACGAGUCAAAGAGACCAUCCGGGAUCAUGGUGAACGCCGAGGGCGAAUUUGUCAUUGCGGAGCCUGAUAAGGCGUCGUGGGAAAAGUACCAAGCCAAAGCUGCCAAGUCGGCUUCGGCUUCCAAGGAGACUGAAUCUGCCGAUAAGGAGAUCCAGGAGCGUGGCUUAGAGUGUUCUAUUGAUAAGAGGAUGUUCAUAGACCCAACGAAGACGCCCUGUUGCCAAAAGACAUUCUGUAACGACUGCAUCAGCAAUGCUCUUAUGGACAGUGACUUCAUCUGCCCUGCCUGCCAAACAGAAGGCGUUCUUCUGGACGACUUGCAACCUGAUGAGGAAGCUUCCAAGAAGAUCCGAGAAUAUCUAAAGGAGAAAGAGGCUGCCAAAGCAAAUCCACCGGCAGCCGCCUCACCAAAGGAUGAAUCGAAGACCGACGAGAAGGAGGCAGACGCGACACCGGGAGAAGUGGAAACAGCCGGGACGCCUGCUGAUACCGAGGCUAAGCCAGAGUCUCAGGACGGUGAAAAGUCGGACGCUCAGCCAGAGUCACCUUCAUCGGAAAAGGCCAAGUCGCCAAAGCAGGCCGAAUCGGAAACCGAAAAGUCAGAAGAGAGCGACAAAGACAAAAAACAAGUUGCUCUUGGACAGAAGCGACCUGCUGACGAGCUACUUGAGAACCCGAAAAUUCCCAAAGGACCUCGUGCCAUGCAAAACCAACAGAACAUGAACAACAUGAUGAAUGGAGGUAUGAACGGCAUGAACGGUAUGAGUGGCAUGGGCGGCAUGAACGGCAUGAACGGCAUGAAUGGCAUGAACGGUAUGAACGGCAUGAACGGUAUGAACGGCAUGAACAUGAAUAUGAUGUUCAAUGGCAUGGGGGGAAUGAUGCCCAACAUGAUGGGUAUGCCAAACAUGAUGAACAUGGGUAUGCCUGCGCCGCCGAUGAUGCCCAUGAUGGGAAUGCCAAACAUGAUGCCUAUGCAAGGAUUCAAUGGUCCGAAUAAUGGUUUUGGUGACGGUGGCUGGGGAAUGAACAUGAAUGGCAUGGGCAAUAUGGCCAUGGGAGGGAAUAUGGGCAACAUGAAUGGUGGAUUCCAGAACGGAGGCAAUGGCUUCCAGCAGCAUGGCGGCAACGGAGGAGGCGAAGACGAUGCCUACAUGCGCAAACCCAUGAACCCGCAUCGGCAGCAAAACAAGCAGCGCCGCGUACGCCCAAGCGACUACAGAGAGCUCUAG